CGCCACCAUCAUCCGACCUUACAACACUCAGUAUCCGCAAGACGACCUCUCGUGUCGUAAAAAACCCAUAUAUGCUGCUCUCGUGAAUAUGUCUCAAAACCUGUCGACGCAAUCCAGAAACCCCAGCCCAGUUCCGAGCGAGCAGCCUGGCGGAGCUCCCGAGCCGCAAACCGCCCUUCUGCUGUAUGCGACAAUAAGUGACGUUCGUUAUUUCGCUGCGUUGCUACGUGGUGUCAACUUCUCUGGCCGCGCAACCGUGACGAUGACGAAGGCCGGGAUGAUUGUCGCGGUUGAAGACGCGCGUACUUUGCUAGGCUCCGCAUACGUCUUUGCUGAAUGUUUUGACCAAUUUGUCUAUACCCCGGCAUCCACUUCAAGGGCAUCCACGCAGCAGACCCAAGAUCCUGGAAAAGGUAAUAAUACGGACACAAACACUGCGUUUGAGAUCCCACUGUCGACACUCGUCGAAUGCCUCAAUAUCUUUGGAACCGCGACGACAAAAGACACGGAAAAGAAGACGCGUCGCUGGCGUCGUAUAGGCGAGGACUCAGAUGACGAUCACCAGCAGGAAGGCAACUCGCAUCAUAGGCAGCGGGAAGCCCCUGCAAGCAAUGGGCGGAUUGACCAUCAUUUCGGGAAUACAAAGCUUACGGGCGUACGCAUCUCGUACGCUGGUGCCGGGCAUCCUUUGGAAUUUGUCAUAGUGGAUCCCAGUGAUGGAGCAACGGCGACCGUCGAGCUGACCACUUUCGACGCGGAGCCGCAGCUUGCGUUGCCAUUUGACUCGGAUAAAACUGUACUCAAGGUCAUCCUGAAAUCGUCCUGGCUUCGUGACGCUUUGUCCGAACUCGACCCUUCGUGCGACAAGCUCACGAUUAUGGGCAACCCGCCUCAGCAGCAAGGACGCACCCAGCGUGGAGCACAGCGGCGGUUGCGUCUCAGGGCAGUUGGGACGUUCGGGAGCACAGAGAUGGACUACCCAAACGACAGAGAAGUCCUCGAGACGUGCGAGUGCGAGAACGCCGUGAGCUUCAGCUACAGCUUCAAGCACAUCUCCAAAGCCCUUAAGGCGCUGCAGAGCUCGUCGAAGACGUCGUUGCGUAUCGAUGAGGACGGCCUGCUUAGCCUGCAGUUCCUCAUGCCCGCUCCGAAAGUCCGAGCAAACGGCGCGGGGGAUGCAUUCAUCGAGUUCAGGUGUCUCGCCUUGGACGAUGGUGUGGCAUGACUGGGAAUAGCCACUUCCUACUCUCGUCGCAAUAUAAGACCAUGCUCAAUCUGUAACUACAGGCGUAAGCUCUCGAGAUCCGGAACAUUUUGAAGUGAAUGUCCCGUCCCGU